AUGGGUAUUUACUCGGUAAAGGGUCUGUGCAGUGCAUUGGAGGAAAAGUGGUUGACUGAAGCUGGUUGGGUGGUCUCAAGACAAUUGAGAAAAAUGGUGCCAGCGAAGGUGUCUACGUUCAUGUGGCAACUGCAGUUGGAUCGUAUAGCAACUAAGGCUGGCCUUUUGUCAAGAGGUUUCAGCCUUCCAGAUGAGGGUGUUUGCAGCCUGUGUGUGGCAGAUUUAGAGACCUCUUCCCAUUUGUUUCUUCACUGUAAGGAGCUAAAGGUUAAAUCUGAUGGCAUCUUGUGGGACAUGACUCCCUUCGCGCUAUGCUGGUCGGUGUGGGUGGAGCGUAAUGACAUGGGGUUUAAUGAUAGGAUAUUCAAUGCUGAAGCUGUUUGGGACAUGCAUCUUGCUCGUAUCACAGGAUGGGUGAGAGCGUGGUGGAAUCAUUGUCCUUAUAGUGCAAAUCAAAUUGUCUUGGGAAUCCAGCAUAUUUCGCUGCCUAAAAAGAAAAAGGUUCGGACGGUGCAGCAAUGGGUUCCUCCCGCUACGCCAAUCCUAAAGUUUAAUGUGGACGGGUCGACACUAGGAGGCCCAGGCAGGAGUGGUGUGGUGGGGUGUUGA